AUGCUUUCCGACACAGCGACCUCCAAAGCAAGCCGCCUGGUCUCACACACCCUCCGCCGAAAACCGCUCCUGUUCGUGUUGCUGGGGGUAGCCCUAAUCUCGCUCUACCCACUCGGCUUUCGCUCGCGGUUCCUCCUCCCAGCCAGCACCCCGAUCAGCCCAUCUACCACCGAGCCAUUGACAAUCCUGCCAGCGUCGCCAUCUGUCUCUGCGCAGGACCUCCUCUCCCGUCCCAUAUCAACCGACAGAACGUCCAUCCCCAAGAUCAUCCACCAAACAUGGUUCCCGGCGGGCAGCAACAUGUCGGAAUCAGCGCAGACCUGGGUUGCGACCAUGCGGGCGCAGAACCCAGCGUGGGAGUACGUCCUCUGGGACGACGAGACGGACGAGCUGCUGGUCGAAAAGUACUUGCCCUGGUUUCUGGAGACAUAUCGCUCUCUGCCGAAGGAGAUCAACCGGGCGGAUAUGGCACGGAACUUUUAUAUGUAUUUGUUCGGGGGAAUGUACGCCGACGUCGAUACCGAAGCGCUCCGCCCCGUUGACGCUCUGUUCGCGGCGCAUGAAGUCCCUUUACGGUCUCACCUCGACAUAACCUCUACAUCAGGAACAACAAGAGUACAGCGAGCCUUCAUGGGCCGCAUGGCACAUACUCUAGACCCCGAAGGACUCGGUGCAAUCCCGAACGGCUGGAUGGCUUCACCCCCAGGCCAUCCCUUCUGGCUCUUGCCGGUGCUCUACGUGCUCGAGAACCCCAAAGGCGACGGGAGCGUCGAGGGGAUGACGGGACCGGGAAUCUUAGGACCAUUGAUCAAGCAGUACUAUAGUACGACUAUCGGAGUAGGAGGCGACUCGCUGCGGCGACAGCUCUGCACGCGCAUCCAGAGUAUCCAGCCGGGUUGGGACCUGUUUUGUCCGAGUGCCGGGUAUGUUGAAGAGGAAGAAAGCGAGAAUUUAAGCCACUCACUGGUUCUCCUUCCCAGAGAACAAGUCUACCCAUUCAGCUGGGCGGACGAUGGCGAUAUCAAGGUCUGUCUCGGGCAAAAGCACAACGAGGCGUUUGAUGCAGAGAAGUGCAAGCAGCGGAUGGGGGUGGACCUGUGGCCGAGUUAUUUCAUUACGUACUGUACGCAUACAUGGUAG